UAUCCGUUUUUGCUAACACAGCGAGGUUGACCUAUGCAUUCGGACCGCCAUAAUCAAUAAUAUUGGAAAAAUUGCUUCAUUGUCGGUAAAAUUUUGACACGUUUGUCAUAACGGGUGGUCAACAGGGCGUCGGGCAACCAAGACGAUCAGAUACAGCAAUCCGGAGUCUGGUAGAGACUAGGACAGAUUUCCAGACGACCCCUCUGCAAUGGCGUGCCGGGCACACUCGUGUUGUUGCUGCUGCAGCGUCAGGGUUGGGGCCAUCAUUGUCGGAGUGCUGUACCUGAUUUUUGCUGUGGCCGGCGAUAUUGUUCUGGCCGUGAUAGACAUAGUGGGAGUGUUCACGGCAACCCGACCUAGCAACGGCAGCACCUCAGCCACGCCUAGCAACAACGUGACAGAAGGGAAUAGCACCGACAAUAGCAGCGCUUGGACCAAGAUAUCAAUUGCCACGUGGGUAGAGUUGGGCGUUGACGUGCUUUUCUUGAUCAUCUGCGUCCUUCUGGUCGUCGGUGCUGCAAAGAACAACAAGGUACUGUGUAUGAUCUGGCUGGUUGCGGCUGGCCUGUGGACGGCCUUCAUGGCGGGUGAGGCCGUCUACCUGACCGUGGAACGUUACCUUGGCGUGGAGCAGAGUCUGGACGCGCUGUGGCAGAUCUUUCUGGACACGCUCGUCAUCAAAUGGGGUGCAGUCGUGGUCUGGCUCCUUAUGUUGAUCGCCGGUGCCGUUGUGGUGUCGUCCCAUGUAGCAGACAUACGUGAUGACAAGGAAGCACCACUGAUAUCCGAGAGGUCCUUCCCGACAUAGCCAUAAACUAAGGCACUAUAAUUUAGAAUUGCAGACGCUUAUAAAGGCCUAAGAACAUUUAAUGUUGUGUU